UGACCCCAAAUCUAUUGCCCCCCUCUGCAAACCCGUCUCUUCCAAACAACCCCUUCUGCAAGCCCUUCUCCCUCUCUCGCCCUCGCUGCCUCUCUCUCGCUCUCGCUCGCUCGCUCAGUCGUUCGCUCGCUCGCUCAGUCGUUCGCUCGCCCUCGCGCCCUCGCUCUCGCUCGGUAGCUGGGGAGGUCGCAUCUGUGGCUCUCUUGCUCUCGCUGGGUCGCUCGCCUCUCUGCAUUGCCAUUGGGACACUUUGGUUCAAUCUUUUGAGGUAGGCAGUGGCCAGCGGGCAUCCCUUCAUACUCUAGAGACUAAGAGACUAGAGGUUCUCUCUAGCUUCGAUUAUGUUCAACACUAAAUAUUUGCGCCUUGGAUCUCAAUUGAUCAAGGGUUUAACAAGAGGUGAAACAUCUACUCCAGGAGUCGCAUAUACACAAUUUUUUCGUAAUCGACCUUUGCAGCAUCUGCAUAAACUUUUUUCAAGCACUGUUACUGAUAAAGCUCAAGAGAGAGGUGAUGAAGAUGAGAAAAGAAUAUCAGUGACAUUUGUUGACAAAGAUGGCGAGGAGAAGGACAUUAAGGUUCCAAUUGGCAUGUCCAUGUUAGAGGCUGCCCAUGAAAAUGACAUAGAACUUGAAGGAGCAUGUGAAGGAUCUCUUGCCUGUUCCACUUGUCAUGUGAUUGUGAUGGAUAUUGAUUACUACAAUAAACUAGAAGACCCCACCGAUGAAGAGAAUGACAUGUUAGAUCUUGCUUUUGGUCUUACAGAGACGUCCCGUUUGGGUUGUCAGGUGAUAGCAAAACCCGAACUUGAUGGGAUGCGCCUAGCACUUCCUGCUGCUACACGAAACUUUGCCGUUGAUGGAUACAAGCCGAAACCACAUUAGAACGUUUCUCAUAGAAAAGAUACCUUGGAAAACUUUCCGAAGCAGAAGGAUUGUUCUGCCAGUUUUGUAGCUUCAAGUUGGAUAAGGGAACCUUGACCCAGAAAUUCAGUGUAGCAAUUGCUAUUCUUUGUUAUACAAUUCUCUGAAACAUAAUUUCUUGGAGAGACUUACACUGCCUUGUAUUUUAAGGGUUUUGAUUGAAUGGAAGAGGCUGCUUGUUUACAAGAAGUUCCAUUGGGUCCAUCUGGCAAGAGUUUACAGAAAUUGUGGAUAUAAAUGUGGCUUUGUUGUUAUUUUUUUUAAUAAGAGCCUAUCCUUGAUCACAAUGGGAAAGUUGUCCUUUAUUAUAAA